CCGCCCUCAGAUUCUCCCUGUCUCUCUCCCCCACCCUUCACCCUCGAUCUCGCCUUAAAGCCCCCCAUCCGUCAUUUCAUCUACCACUUACCCCCUACACUGCUACUCAUUAAUAAUAAUAGCACCAAAAAAAAAAAAUUCAAGUGUUUUUGCUAGCGAUGCCGAGGCCAGGGCCGAGACCGUACGAGUGCGUUCGCCGAGCUUGGCACAGUGAUCGUCACCAACCCGUUAGAGGAUCCCUCAUCCAAGAGAUCUUCAGAUUAGCCAACGAUGCCCACAACCCAGCAACCCGAAAGAACGGCGAGUGGCUUGAAAAGCUCCCCCUUGUCGUCCUGAAAGCCGAGGAGAUCAUGUACUCAAAAGCCAACUCCGAGGCCGAGUACAUGGAUCUGGACACCCUCUGGGAUCGUACCAACGAAGCCAUUGACACAAUUAUUCGCAGGGACGACAGCACCCAGACCGAAGGGGAUCUGCUUCAGCCGUGCAUUGAAGCGGCGCUGAAUUUGGGUUGUAUUCCCCGAAGAGCAUCAAGAAGCCAGCGGCAUAAUAAUCCGGAGUGCUACCUGAGCUCGGUGAAUAAGGGAGCUCAGCAUCUAUCCUUGUCUUUGUGGUAUUCGGCUUUAAUAGCUAGCAAUGGAUUUAGUAAUUUUGGAAAUGAGAGUAGUUCUAUUCCUUCGAUGGAUUUUUUGCUGAAUUACCGAGAUAAAGCUCUUACUUAUCCCUUGUGUUAUAGCAAUGGGCAGCUUAAAGAGACCUCCAAUCCAUCUGAAACAAACCCUCAAGAUAGAGCUCGUACGUAUCCCUUGUGUUAUAGCAAUGGGCAGCCUAAAGAGACCUCCAAUCCAUUUGAAACAAACCCUCAAGAUUUGCUUGCAAGUCAUGUAAUGCACGAUUUUAUUGGAAGUGACAAUGCUAAGAGUGCUAUAGAUGCAAAUUCGAUUGUGAACCCAAGUGAUGGUGGAUGUGAUUUAUCAUUGCGAUUGGGGCAAUUUUCGCCUUCAUCAUUGGAUGCUGAAAGUGUUUGGAGUCGUGAAUUUGAGGACGUGGGAUCGAGUAGUUCGGGUAAUGGAAGCAGGUAUCCUGACCCGUCUUCUAGAGGAAUAGGGGCUGUAAACUUUGAGAGUUCGAUUGUGUAUUCAAAGGAUAAAGGCUUUUAUCUUAUCCAUGUAGAAACUAGCGAUGAGCCUCUAGAAUCCUGUUCAAGUAAAUGGAGCUCGGAGGAGGAAGGCAAUGUAACACGUCAAUGCUUAUGAUAAGAAAAAUGUGUUCCAUUGGUCGCUUGACCCUCUGCUACUCAAUGUAAUGGGAGCGUCAAAUAAAGAGGAAUCACAUGUAUUUGCUUGUUUUAUUCAUCAAACUGUCAUCAGAUUGGCACCUUCUAGGUAUGUUAUUUGUGAUUCCUUUCCGUUGUUUCUUCCUGUAUAAUGCAGUAGGAUGAAAUUUAAGUGUAAAUAGCUAGUUGAUUUGAAUUCUUGGGAUAAAUUAUUUGUAAGAAAUUGUGAUGUAUUCAAUUGUCAAGAGAUAGUUUUGAAA